UCGCUGCAAAUGGGCAGCACGGAAGAACUAACCGGCAACUCAACCAAACCCAUUUCUCUAUACGACGCCGCUUUACCAACCUCUCCUCUCCUCUUCAAAUCCACCUACCCAUCUCCUUCAAUCGAAGAACCAGCUCAACCCGACCCAUCGGAAUCCGACCCAAUCCAGAUCACUUUCAAUUCAGGUCCCAGACCUUUUAAAGAUCUCCCUUUCCUCUUUCUCUUCCUUUUCUCAGUACUCUGCACUUUCGCUUUCGGUAUUUUCUCAAUCUUCCAUCGAAACGACAACUUCAGCGUUUCAACCUUUACCUACGAUUCUAAUUCCACUUCUUGCGUUCAAGACACUUUCUUUUCAUCAAACCCAAUAUGGGUCUUUCAAAGUUCGUUCUUUUCGUCGUCAAGUUCGAGUCUUUGGGCAUAUGUAGUAUGGACCCUUGUCAUAACUUUAGUUUUAAGUGUACCCAUUUGUUUCCUUUUGCUUUUCUUACUCAAACACUACACCAAACAGAUCGUUUAUCUUUUGCUUCCUUUCUUUGUAAUCGUCCCGAUUUUCUUUGAUGUUUAUUGGUUCGUUGCUUGUACCGUGAGCUCUUCUUGUAGCGAUACUUUCCCUUUGGUCUAUAGGAUCUUGGUGCUUGUUUUUGUUUUACCGGGAGUUGGGGUUAUUGUUUGGAUCAUAGUGGCUAAUUGGCAUCGGAUCGAGUUGACUGUGAGGAUCAUUGGGGUUGCUUCCGAUGCGCUUUCGAGGAACUUAGGAUUGUUCUUGGUGAUACCGUUGUUGACCGUUGGAUUGGUAAUUUAUUAUGCCCCGACUGUCGUGUUCUUGGUGUUUUCUAGGUUUAAUGGGAAAAUUGUAGCUAAAGAAUCGAAUGGGGAGUAUACUUGUGUUUGGAAACAAGAUAGCUGGGUGCCUGCUUAUUUUACAUUGGCGAUUUUAACAAUGUUGUGGUCAUUAACCACGAUGGUGGAAGCUCGGGUUUAUGUUAUCAGUGGCACCAUUGCUCAAUGGUACUUCUCAAAGGAUGACGAGAAACCUCACCUGAGUAUAAGAAGAUCUUUGAGAAAUGCAUUUGGUCCUUCUUCUGGCACCAUCUGUCUAUCUGGACUACUUAUCUGUGUUGUUCGAGUGGUACAUACUGUUGUCGAUAGUGCGAGAGAAGAAGAUGUUCCGGGGAUGGUGAAUCUUGUCCUGCGGUGUUGCGUUAAUACCCUAUUGUCUGCGAUAGAGUUUCUUAACAAGUUCACCAUUAACUUUGCCGCAAUAACUGGUGAGGCAUACUGCACAUCUGCUAGGAUGACAUAUGAGCUUCUAAGGCGGAACCUACUCUCUGCCGCUUUUGUGGAGACCGUAUCAACUCGUUUGUUAGCAGGAGUUAUUCUCGUCUUCUCAUCAGUUUACGCAAUUGUGGCAUGUGCUAUCUUAAAGGGUGUUACUGAUCUAGGGGAUAAUGCAUACAUUGUCGCCGUUCUUGCCAUGGUGCUGCUAAUCGCAGUUCUGGGUUUCUUUGUCUGUGUGUUGGACAACGUGAUCGACGCUGUUUAUAUCUGCUACGCGAUCGAUAGGGAUAGAGGGGAAGUGUACAAGCAGGAGGUUCAUGAUUUAUAUGUUCAAUUACCAAUCACUAGAUCAUCCUUCCCUUCUAGAACCCUUGGUGUUUAGACAUGUCUUGUUUAUUUGUCAUAUGGUUUUGUUGUCUGUAUGACGAUGUUAACUGCUUUAUCGGCGAAGUGUGCAUAACAUCAUCACAUUCAAACGGUGCAUUGUUCACUUGUUUUUGGCUUGCUCAAUAAAGGAGCUAACUGUUUCAAAACGAUGGA